GGCGCAGCGAGAGUAACUGUGCAGAGGUGUGCCUACGAGCAAUGGCCCAGCCUCGUCCUCCAGCAAAGAAGCUUUCCGCACGAGCUCCUGUCCGUGUCUGUGCUUCGGUUUCACAAUGACGCAGCCGCUGCGCGACUCCUGCUGACUGCCGCGUGAGCCUGGUCGUGUGGGCGCUGACAUUGGAAACAUUUCUUACUCCCCCCAAGCCCGACUCGGUUCGCGGCGACGACUCCGGACAAACUGGCGCGCAAGACGUGGCGAAGUUUGCUGCAGCUCGUGCGUGUUGACGAAAAGGUCAAACUGCCGCCGUUGAAGCGAUACUCUGGACGCUGGUUCCCAGGCAUCCGAGCCACCGCACGAGCAGGCCUCGCCAGCUUCCGCUACGCCUUCUUGCCCACCGUCCGUCAGAGAGCCCAGACCUCCAUCUACCGCUAUCUCGUCGCACGAGCCCAACGCAAGCACCACCGGGCGAGCAAGCUGCCCGGCGGCGUGAACAGACGCUUGCUCUCGCCGAGGGAACCGCAUUCGAAUGAUGGGACUGCCUCGACAGGAGCAGACAGCGAGACCGAUAGCAUGGCAUAUACGGGGCCCAGGAAUGAUCAGUCCUUUGCAGAUUCAUUAGGCCUGAGGUCGGAAGGGAGGGAACCUGGGGCACGGAGGAAGAGACUGGCUGGCUAUCUGAAGACUGCGAAUGAGUUUCGACAGAGCUAUUUCAGUCAAGAUGGAGCACGAGAAAGUCACAGCGUUGAAGAUGGCCCAGGGGCAUUUCCAGAUGCAGCCGUGGUACGGAAUGGCAACGAAGAGAUGAUAUUAUUCCCAAGCUAUGCUAGACACCACGUGAAAAGUAAGCAUCAUGAAGUUGCAACGCCUGGCCGUGAAAUGUCUGAGGAGGAGUACUGGAGACGAGAGUGGGACAAGAACGAGGACGUCAAUGCUAUAGUGGAUGUUGAUGUCAGGGGCUGGAUCUACACACCCGCAAAAGGUCAACAUACGCGCAAGCAGAGAAUGGUCAUCGGCUUAGCACGACAGCUGUCUGGAAUUCCGGCACCAGCUGCCAGUACACGACCUGGGGACAAUGGCUAUGCAGACCAGGUGUCAAGCCGGCCUUCGAGCCCGACACGGCAACAGGAUGAGGACCUCAUAUCGCUCGAAGCGGAGAACAUCGUCCGCAAAGGACAAAUGGAGGAGCGAUACGCACAACGCGGUGCCUUCUCCGAACAGCCAAGCAAGGCCACCGACAACGACAGUCUGUAUGGGGACGUGCCCGACCGUGGUCGUCCAAAGUCGUCCUAUGCGAGCAGCAUCGCUUCGCAAGACUCCGAUACCACUGCUACGCCCUCUGUUCAGAAGCGCCAGACAUCGGCCCAGCCUGGGAGAAUGACAUCUGCCGAGCUCGCCGUUGCAAAUGCACACCUCCUGGCCCGCCUCAAACCUUUCAUGGCGAACCCCAUGGCGAAUAGCCCCAUUAGUGCAUUCUUCUAUAACGAUAAAGCGUCGAGGCAGCAGACAGUCUACACGGACGCCUCAGGACAUUUUAGCUUCAGAGCAGCACUCGACUUUAUUCCCACCCAUGUGCGGGUCCUAGCAUCGGAGAAGCUCUCAGUGACAGAAGAAGUGCAUGUUACUGCCCCUGAAGGCGUCAGCCUUAUCAGCGACAUUGACGACACCAUCAAACAUUCGGCCAUCAGUGCAGGUGCUCGGGAGAUCUUUCGUAACGCUUUCAUCCGAGAGCUACACGAGCUCACGAUCGAUGGCGUGCGGGAGUGGUACACAACCUUGGCCGAUAUGGGCGUGAAGAUCCACUACGUAUCGAACUCGCCAUGGCAAAUGUACCCGGUUCUGACAAGCUACUUCAAGCUUGCGCAUCUACCCAAGGGUUCCUUCCAUCUGAAGCAAUAUUCCGGGAUGUUGCAGGGCAUCUUCGAGCCUGCUGCAGAGCGCAAGAAGGGCUCGCUUGAGAAGAUUAUGCGAGACUUUCCAGACAGAAAAUUCGUCCUGGUUGGUGACAGUGGAGAGGCAGAUCUCGAGGUGUAUUCCGAAGUUGCACUGGCCAACCCUGGCAGGGUCCUGGGCAUCUUCAUCCGAGACGUGACGACCACGCCAAAGACGGGCUACUUUGAUUCAAAUAGUAGCCCUGGUGGGAGUGGAAAACACUCCCGCAACCAUUCGCGACACCCAAGUGGUGAAGUUCUUGCUCAGUCGAAACGACUUUCAAGGCCUCAAGAUACUCGAAACGAUGAAGCCGAUCUUCAAGCAGCCAUUGCUGCCUCCCUCGCAGAUAUGGAAAACGAGACGCGGCAAGCACGAAGGUCCAUCAAUCCUGAUGCGAUACCUGACGAUUAUCUGUCACCAAGCAGAAACGGCAGCGCCACAAAUCCUCGUUUACCUUCACGGCCCCAAGCACGGCGUACAGUCAGUGGCUCAAGCUAUGCUGCGUCACCGGAAGAGGAUUUGAUCGAUUUUUCGGACCCAAGUCCUCCUGCACCUUCGACCGAGAAAUUUAAUAGGAACUUCACUCCGCCGACACCUCGUCACGCAACAGGCCCGAAAACUGUAUCGUCUCCUCCACCGCCACCAAAACCAGCUGGGCUUAAGAGCCCCCCGCCUGACGCUCAAGUUUCAACGACUACCGGGAAUAGCGGUAAGACGCCGCCGCCUAGGCCACGGAAAUCCUCAAGUGCGGUGCAGUCCACUAUUGUGCCACAGAUCCAAACGCAUCAACCAUCACCCCUUUCGCAGGUACAAAGGCAGGAGUCAACUAGGAAAGCACCGCCUCCACUACCAGAAAGGCGUAAAGUUAGAGGCGCAAUCGCCAAAGCCUUACCCAUGCCCGGAAGCUACUGGCAAGCAGAUCCCUCUUCUGGGGCGUCAAAGCCCAAGCUUUCUCCGGUCGUGUCUUCGCCUCUAGCUCAGUCGAUGAAAACAAAAAAGUCGUACGACGACUUCAGCCCAAGCACAUCAGCAAUGGGUCGCACAACAGUCCCGCCGCCCCCAAGAAGAGAAGGGACAAAUCUAAGCACUUAUUCAACUACAUCACGCCAUACGCAAAGUAAUCGACUAUCUGGAGCCUGGCCAGAAGACGACGGGCUGCCUGUGAGUCCUGGGGACGGAGUGAGCAAGAAGGAAUUUCUAUGGCAGCAAAGAUGGCAGCGGGCGAAGACUGUGCUCGAGAGGAACGGCGUAACACUACGUUCCUGGAGAAUUGGAGCUGAUGUUGCGGACGUCUGCGUCAAACUCAUUGAACAAGAGCUGCGAAAAAUCGAACGCGAAGCUAAGAACAACAGCAAUAGAAACAACAGUGGGCGCAGAUGA